AUGGGGUCGCUUUACCAGGACCCUUUACAGGAUAUUCCUCUCACUGAGAGCACAGCCACGCGUAUCGAAAUGCAUAUGGUUCCGCAUCGAUUUACACUCACAGAUCCGAUAAUGCUGCGCCAUGUGCUCUGCCUCUCAAUUAUCGUGCAUAACUCAUUUCAUGUUUUCCUAUGUUGUCGACAAUUGUGUUUGGCCCGAAAGUCAACGGAGCCGCCAAUGGAAAUGCAUAAAGCCAUGUCUCCGGAUAUUUUCAAGGAGGCACGAACUACAGAAUUGAAGGCGGUGGAACUACAAAUGGUUGGUUAUAUUAUCGAUGCAUUCUUUAGUUGCAUUGAGCUCUACUUUGGCAUAUUUUACCAUUUGUGGAUAACGACAAUGGUAUGGUAUCGCAAUAUUGGGGAUCUUAUCUGGCAUAAUAUAGCUUUCAUGGCACUUUUCUCAACCUACAUGACCCUACGUAGACUACCAGUGGUGUUCUACAAUAAAUUCAUUUUGGAGCCCCGCUACCAUGUGGAUUCGAAAGAUGGGGCGCCAUUCAUUGGCAUUAUUUGCGUCUCUGCCUUUAUGAUUGUAUUUGCGCAGGUUAUACUCAUUCCGCUGACUGGUUUGUUUCUGUUCAUUGAGGGUAAUGGUGGUUUCUUCUUUGUGCUUUGGAUAUGGGGCUUCAUUUUCAUUUCCUCGAUUAUAAUACUAAUCAUUUUUACAAUAUUUGGAAUGCCAUUUAUCGGCAAAAUGGAGAGAUUGCCCGAUGGAAACCUGAAGAACACACUUAAGGAUGUAUUGGACCAAUUUCACUUUCCAAGGGACAGUGUCUAUAUUGUGCGCACAUCGUACAGUACGAAUACCAGUGCCUAUGCCUGGGGUUUUUGCUAUAAGAAGCGCGUUAUCGUACUGGACAACUUGUUGAUGAAUCGCGGCAAAGACGUAGAGCAUCUGGACCCAGAUGAUGUGGGAAAGGGACUGCAGGACGAACAAUUGGUAGCAUUUCUGGUGCACGAGCUAUCUCAUUGGUACUAUUAUCACUUUCUGAAGGCCUUCACAAUGGUGCAAUUUACAGUGCUCAUAUACUUGAUGCUCUUUGGCGUAUGCUACCAUCAAACUAGCCUGUACCAGGCCGCCGGCUUUCAAUAUGAUUUUUACCCACACAUCGUGGGCUAUUGGCUGGUGUUUAAAUAUGUUAUGCCGCCGUAUUUGACUUUCACGAAUUGGAUUAUAUAUUACUUUUUCCGCCACUUCGAAUAUUCAGCAGACAAGCAUGCCUGCCGCUUGGGCUAUGGCAACACCCUAUCCUCUGCACUGCUUAAGCUAUUUGCUGAUAAUAUUGUCUUUCCCUAUGUUGAUAAAUGGUAUCUCAUGUGGUAUAGCCGUAGGCCUACCUGCCUACAACGUUUAAAGCAUCUACAGUCAUUGGAGAUACCCGCAGACAUAAAAAUACACAAGUCGCAAUUUUUUAGUAAAAUUUAA